CGCGCCAGGUAUCAGUACACGCUCGGCCGCCUGAGAUGUAGGGUCGAGGUUUCGAUCCGCGCAAAAAUUCACCCGCGUCACGUCGGUCGUUCGGUCGGUCGGUCCUGCGUAUUAUCGACGGUAUCACAACACUGGUGCGUCGUGCGUGGGUAGACGUGUUGUUGUUACCUCGAUCAAUCGGUGUGCGGUGUGCCCCGAGAUGAGGUGAGCUGUUUCCCCGGAAGAAACGUCGGAGUAAAGUGAUGACAAGCAUGUCUUCACCGUGCAUCACAUCCUGUUUGCUGUUGUUGUUGCUGUCCCUCGUUCACUCCGCCUCAGUUGGCAGCCAAAGCGGUUGGGACGGGAUAUUACCAGCAGCAACUCCGGACCUCACCACUUUAAGGACGACGGUGAACGCGACAAAGGAUAAUAACGACGAUAUCGCGCGACUAGGAAUUCCCGACUUAGCCGAGAAAGACGAAAAUGACAAAGUUGACCUGGGUGAGUUAAAUAACGCCGAAGAAGAGAACGACGAGGAGGAGCAGGAGGAGGUAAAAAAAGAGGAAAAAGAAGACAACGUGGAAAUUGAGGAGAAAAAGGAAGAAGGGGAGGAUGCAGGCAAGGAAGAAGAAGAAGAAGAAGAUAAUGAUGAUGAUGAUGAUGAUGAUGAUGAUGAAGAAGAAGAAGAAGAAGAAGAAGAAGAAACGAAAGGAGAAGAGGAGGAAGAAGAAGAAGAAGAGUACGACGGCGAGGACGACAACGAGGACGAGUAUGAGGACGAGCUGAGGGCGAUCGCGGAGUCUCACGAAGCGAUGUCGAAGGACGAGGCUAGGAACUCGAACGUGUCCUCCGCCGGUGGCGAACGGACGACAGGGAAAUCAUCGAGUGUGAAGAACUUCGACUCCCACGAGAAGAGCAACGAGAACACGUCCGAUGAAGAUGUGACAUCGAACGAGACGAUUGGCGGUUACAUCGCCGAGGACGAGACGCAGGACGAGGAGGUGGCCGAGCUGCUGAAGUACAGGCUGGAGAAGAACGCGCGGGCGAAAGUGAAGCGUAUGCCGACGGUGAAGAAGGAGCUGAGCACCCAGCGAGAAAUAUUGCUGGCCAGCAACGAGACGCAAGUGCCGAAGAGCCUGCUGCCCUCCGAGGAUCCGUUCAAUCGUUUAAACGGCAAAACCGACUACGUGGAGAGGCGGUCUUUGAAGGGAAACGAGGUUCAACAAGUCGCUCUGGCGGACAGUUUGCUGAAAUUUUUAGUGAAACUGGCGGAGGAUCCGAACAGAUGGCAACGUGUACAUAAAUUCCUCACCAACAUGGACGCAGACGACCUGCAAGCGGCCGAGAGCAUCCAAGACCCGGUGAAGCGCGGCUACGACACCACGUCGACGACGCCGUCGUCGACCAACGCGCCCAGGAGGGGCCGCAAGAAGCCGAAGAAGAAGAAGAAGAAACGGCCAAAGCAUCGGCAGACCACAACGACCGUCUCCACGACGACCGCCACGCUGGAAACGUCGACGCCGGCCACCACGACGGAGGCAUGGUCGACGACGAUGACGACGACGCCGCAGUGGCGACUCGUGGCCGAGAGGCUGUUCGGACCGCCUUGGCAGCAAGAAGACACCCCCCACGAGGAAUCGAGGACAAUGGCGAAGCUGCGCUACGGGAUCGCCCCGAAGCCGCCGCGCACGUCGGUCUGGGAGCUCAUCGACAAGCAGGACAAGCCGAAGAGCAGCAUCCUGAGGACCGAGCGAAUGCCCCUGCUGGAUUUUCCCCGAGAAUCCAACGCCCAGCCACGAUCGUUGAGGUUCGGCAAGAUCAACACUUACCAGCCGUUGCGUCUUCAGGAUUCUCGGGAGUUCACGCCGUUGUACGAGCGACCGGCAGAGCCAGAUCGUCCGGCCGAUUACUACUUAUCUGAAGCGGUUUACCCACCACUGCGCUACCCGCCUUCGCGCGAGUUUCUGCGGCGCAGGAACGAGAACGAUUAUCAGGACGACCUGACACUGCAGUCGGACAAUUUCGCUUACAAUGAGGAAUACAGACCGUCGAGCAGAGAAUUCGCCAGCAGCAAGGGCUGGCCGGAACUCGGCUAUAAGCAGCACAGUUGGCCGUGGAGCUCGGACGAGCGUCCGCUCUUCACGAUGUCGUCCGGCAAGUGGCCUUGGGGCCAGCAGAGCGACCUUAAGUAUUGGCCGGAGCGCAGCAAAUACCCGGAGCGGAAUUAUUGGACGACCUUAGGGAACGAGGAGGACGGCGAGCGAAUGAACCAAGCGGAGAUCGAAGAGUGGCAGCAACAGCGGUUGCCGCUCUGGCAGACCAGUAAGUUGAACAUCUGGCCGGUGGGAGAGAACCUGAAGACGCCGUUGUGGCCGCAAACGGAUAGGCCGGUGAAACCGUACGAUCAGUCGAUCACGUGGGAGAAGAGCAAGAAUCACUCCGAGCUGAACAAGAAGGAGGACACGGGCGACAAGGUAGUGCUACCGAAGAUCACCAUGAAGACGUGGAACAGCCUGACCUCCGACCCUGCCACUUGGCCUUACAAGCUGCCGAGCGCAAAGCCAUGGCCGAAGGACGAAAACGGCAAGUCGUACAAUCCCAAUGCCGACCUGGUGAGGAAACUCGGCCUCGACAAGGAGGACAACGCGGACUGGCCGACGAAGGACAAGGACGACCGAACGGGCAGAUUGGUGUUUGAGAAGCCGCCGAGCAGUUCGAUCUCCUCCAAGGACGCAUCGAAGAAGAAAAAAUUCAUGCGGCUGAACGACUCCAAGUACUCCAAGCCGGUCAGCAAUAGAAGCAACUACAGCGAUUACAGGCGGCAGUCGCAGGAGUCCAUGAAGGAGACGCCUAAUUGGAUGUAUCAGGACGUGAAGCUGCCGAAGGAGUGGUUGAAGCCGCAAAUCGCCUCCAACCCGGCCAAGAACGGCCAGGCGGAUGUCUGGGAACGAAAGUUUGACGUAUCUACCGGCAGUCAGGUCAAGAGCGACGAGAACUCCUUCUCGCGCUUCUGGCCGCUCAACACGGUAGCUUCGGUCGAUCGAAAGUGGUCGGACAAGGGAAGAGCUGAUGAGCUGACGGGACCCUGGAAAGACAAUGCCAAGGAGAGCAGUCCGUUGAACACGAAGGUGAACAAUGGGAACUUUUGGAAGGAGAAAUCCAACGACUCCUGGCUGCCGAAAACAAAGGCGGACCUGUGGACGACAAGAACGAAAUCCGCACCGGCCUCGUGGCCGCUGAAGACCGACAACGGCGCCUCGUGGAUGCUGAAACAACCCAACGACGCGGCCUCGUGGACGACGAACGCCGACAUCUGGGGAAAGUCCAGCAGCGCCGACUCCUGGUCGGCCGGUUCCAACGACCUACCUGCGUGGAGCGUGAAGGAGAAAGCCGCCGACAACGAUUGGCCCCAGAAGACCAAGGACAAUAACUCGUGGGCGAGCAAAUUCGGCGGGAUGACGUCGUGGAAGAGCAACGACGACAACUGGAACCGGAAGACGGAGCAGACUGCCCCGUGGCAGCAGAAGAUCAACGACGACUGGAGCAUCGGUUACGGCAAGAACUCGCCCAGCACGUGGCCGUCCAAGUGGAAGCAGUUUGUCUACCACAAGGUGACCGCGGUGCCAAUCUCGAAGCCGGGCACGACAGCCGAUGUGUCGUCGCCCAAGUCCAGGAACGCGUUCGUGGCGGUUUCCGCGGUCUCGUCGGCGAACUACAACGCCAACGACUGGAGGAAGAACGACGCGGAGGAGACGAUGCGCGAGGACAACUUCAGGCUGGAGGAGGCGGAUCGGCCGAGCGGGCAGAUUCGGCCGGAGAGCGAGCGACCGAUUUACGCGUGGAAGAAGGACGGCUCGGAGUUGAAUAAUGGCGGCCGCGGAAAGAAUAAUGGCACCGAGCCGCUGGAAGGCCAAUUGGAGGCCCUGAGGCAGGACGACUUUUGGCCGUACAAGCGGAAUAGAGCCAACGAGGCCAGCGAGGAAUCGACGUACGCCGCGACAUCAACGACUCAGCCAGCAAUGGUAACGAACUUCACGACGAUAUCGCAACUUCCGCAGAAGCUGAUCACGUCCAAGGCCGUCGAGAAGCGCGGCCAGAUCUAUCAGCGGGAGAGCCUAAUGAAAUAGGAUUCGCAGUUGACCUAACCCUAACCCAGUCCGAUAAAUAGCGAGAUACUGUUUGCUCCGGCCGAGGAACGGCGCGAAAGUCACGACGCUGGCGAGGGAAGAUAGCGACGCGAGAGUGCUUUGCAUCGUUAUGUCGCGAUGAUAAUAGCUGAUUUCUUCUUCUAAAAAGGGGGCACUCAAUCUCUCCCUCCUUGUACCGUCUCUGGUACGAGCGAUCUCGGUCCCCCGGAAGAGCGAACGCGGAAUAAUACAACGAGUCGGUGGGAAGAAAAUUCGUCUCUCACUCGGAAGGAAGAACGAAGUACAAAUUUCAUCGUCGCCCACGUCGCUCCCCGAUGACCCCGCGCAAUAUUUCAGGCAGCUCGCGAGAUAGAAACUCGUGAGUCGCGACGUGCCGCUACGCCCGAGAUACCGAUAGUGGCGAAAUUAAAGGAGGACCGGAACGAACCAGAGACCGGCCAGUUGUGCGCUUCACUCACGCACCGCGCUAAAAACUUUCCCACCGACCUAAUGGACGAAGAAAGUUUUUCUUAUAUCUUGGGUUCUUGAGCGCCCCGAAUCUCUUUCUCUCCCUCCUCCCCCCCUUCUCUUAAUCUGUUUAUCUUUUAAUGAGAGGAUGUUGAGCGAUUUAUCAGCGACGUCCUCUCGGUACGCACAUACGCGGGGGAAUUAUUUUAAUUACAUUCAUAUCAAUCGGAUACACAUACAUACACACACACACACAUACACACACACACACACACACACACACACACAUAUAUAUAUAUAUGUACACAGCACGUGUACACAGAGCUCCUCGCAUCGUGUAUUGCAGAAGAUUCUUUUGCCAGGGUGUGCGACAACGUACGUGUAGCCGGUGAAUUCUGUGCUACUUGAAAUGCGCAUAGCUAUUGUUCUCGGUCGUGUGGCUUGAUCCUAGGACACAAUAGGAGGUUUAAGGGAAUUUACUUAGCAAAUUUGAUUGCGCGCACACACACGCUCCAUUAUCCUCACGCGAGGCGACGUCGGACGAAUUAGUUUUUCUUUCCGCCGGUAAGAUCAUAAGUCCUGUCCUUCCUACCUGCAUUUCUAUAUACUUUUUGCACGUGAUGUAAAACGAGUGCAACGUCCUGCUUCAAGAGGGAAGACGGGAAAGAGAAGAGACGAGGAAGGAAGAGGAGAAAAGGGAGAGAGAGAGAGGGAGAGAGAGAGAGAGAGAGAGAGAGAGAGAGAGAGAGAGAGAGGAGUGUAGCUACAAAAGGAGCAGAUCUAUACAGUAACAUCGCCGCAUUUUUCGAUGAUAGAAGCAAUAGUGAUAUCAAAUAUGACGAUUACUCAUUUAAUAGUUAUUUUGUCUAAUAACAAUUAUACAGGAGAAUUACAAUUAGUUCUCUCGUGAAGAACAAAAGGUACGAUGUCACAGUAUAAUCACUCGAUUAACUUGAUGAUCGAUUAACUUGAUGAAUAUGUUUGUGUGUUACUACGUACAUUAUUCAAUGCACAAUAAUUAAGAUUACUGUAAUCAUCAGCUAGUCUCUUAUCAAAACUAGUCAUUAUAAUCUCUAGUCAGACGAAACAUUGAGAUUCCCAGAGAGCUAGGAGACAAACGGAACGAAAAUGUACGUUUAAUAAAUUCUCUAAGAAAUUUAAACUUUGGGACACGAGGAACCUGCGAACGUCAUCAUAUCCAGAAUGCGUAAAAAUAUCGCGAGAGCAAAAUUGAUAGAUGUGUUUAGUGAAUUGCUUAAUAAACGUAAUAUACUAUGCGACCACUAUGAUACGAUAUAUAAAUGUGACGUUAUUGUGUUAAAUGACGAGAAGUAAAACAUUUUUGUAACCUGGAAAUAUUCUACCGGAAUUUAGCGGGAAGGAAGGCAUUUUUGGAUUCCUUGGAGCCUGCUUUAGAACUUGAAGAAACUGCACAAUCGAGAUCGAUUACACGAGAGAGGAACGCGCAUGUAAUAUUAUACGAUAAUUAUAACGUAGAUUAUGUAAUCGCUACCACACAUCCACCACGUCCUAGAACAAUAGUGGCUAGGGCUUACAAAGCUUUCGAAACGGCCUUGAAGGUGACCCUCGUCUUUUCAAGUCUCCAUUCGAUAGCCUGGGUUGCCCACAAUUCACUGUGUAUAUCCGUGCAGCUGCAGAUGUGCAAAACUCGAUAAAUUACGACCUCACUUAUUAUUUAAUGUGCAGCACACCGUUGUCGUAUAAAGGUCUGUGAAAUAUAGCCACUAGAGAAAAUG